GUCUUCACUACGAUGCCUCAGAAAUUAUCCCCACUCCCACAAUGGGCUCCUCAGUCUCCAAAGGCGCUCGCGCAGCCGGCAACGCCGCUCGCAAAUACCCCACACGAGUCACCAAUGCCACAAACACGCCUUCUUCCGCUCCUCCAGUAGCACCAGGCGGCCGACCUGGACCUACCGUGCAUCCGACACCACAGGCAAGCCAGGCCAAGACUGAGGCAAUAAACCUCGACGGCCAAGACCCAACCUUCGCCGCCCAACUCCGCUCCCUCGGCGCCGUCCAACCAAACCCCCACUACUCCUCCACCUCAACAUCCCCUCUAGACCCCCAACGCUCCGCGGACACAGACUACACUUCCCAGCCCACGUCGCAGUACCCUUCCGCGUACCCCGACCCAAGCACCAACCCCGCGCUGACCGUGCUCGCGGCGCGGACAAGACUGCAGGAGCUGGCGGAAGAAGAGCUGUCGCAAACGGGCCGGAGGGGCUUCCAGGGGCGGUCGUUUGUGGAUGUCGCGGCCGUAAGGCAGGCUAUGAUGCUUGUGCAGCGGGGGGAGACGCAAAGUAAGGCGGAGGAGACGGUGGGGUUGAAGAAGGGGAGGUUGGGGGCGCUGGGAAGGGGGAUUGUGGAGGCUGUGUGAAUUUGAUGCAGGGAUAUCAAGUGUAUAAUACUGUAUUGGUUGGAUGGGCGUAUUAUAAGCAUGGGGGAAACCCUGGUUACAGGAUGUAGGAUUACGACCAAGAAGGCGUAUGGUAGGCAUUGUCCUGAAGACCGGAGUCGGAAGCAUGAAUAAGUGGGUCACACUCAGUAAUGAGCUCUCCUUCAAGCAUGGAGAACUUGGACUAGUCAAACGAGUUUUUAUACCAUCUGAAUCAGACGCGCAGAUUGCGCAUCAUUCAACACAAUGAAGC